CGAGACCUGCCCAUGCCUGACGCCAGGCUCAGUUAUUUUGCCCAAACUUUAUAGUGUCCGGUUUCGUGUGUUGUUGUCGAUUUGGACUAGCGCUCUAAUAUAAUAUUAUUUGUCGACUGAUAACUGUAAGUCAACGGAUCAUUUUAAUAUCUACUGGAUGUAAGCAGGGAAUUGAUUGAUUGCUCCAUUUCACAACACCGCUACAUUUAGCAAGAAAUUGCUAGCGCAAAGUUGUAGGACAGGACCAGGGCGAGUGGAGAAUCAGGGUCGGUGGUUGGGCUGCCUUAGCGCCCCGUUCUCGUCGGCCAAGCUCUGUCCCUCAUCCGGGCACGGAAUGGCGAGUAACUUCCGCAGCUACAUCUGGGACCCGGUCCUCAUCGUGUCCCAGAUCCUCCUGAUGCAGUGCAUCUACUACAGCUUCCUGGGCCUGUGGCUGGCUGCUGUGGACGGCCUGGUGCAGAACAGCCGCUCGCUGGACCAGAUCUUCAGCUACGAGCUUCUUGGGUUCUCUACGCUCCAAGGUCGCCUCUCCAUGAUGGCAUUCAUUCUGAACUCUCUGACAUGCGCCCUGGGCCUGUGGUUCUUCAUCCGGCGGGGGAAGCAGUGCCUAGACUUCACGGUGACGGUGCACUUCUUCCACAUGGUGGGCUGCUGGGCGUACAACGCGCGCCUGCCAGCCGCCCUGGCCUGGUGGCUGGUGAACGUGGUGUGCAUGGCGCUGAUGGCCGUCAUCGGGGAGUACCUGUGCAUGAGGACCGAGCUGAGGGCGAUCCCCGUCAACACCGGGCCCAAGUCCAACCUCUGAUCCCCGCCCGACGCCCCCGUCAGGGACCGAAACUCACCGGCCCUAAACUUCAGAGGUGACGGGGACCUUGUGCCGCGGCCUCCGCGGUAUCGGCAGCAGCAGGAAGCGGCGGAUUUGUUGAUCGGCGGCGCCCAUUUUCUGCGAGGGGGUGGUCGAUAAGUUGCAUAACUGUCGGCGUUCGCUCUCCUCCGAUGGGCGCGCCCGCAGUUUUAUUUUCCAAGUGUGAGGUAUUUAUUUAUAAACCUGUACAUUCUGAGAAACUGUGGACGGACCAACUUGAAAUUCCUCCUCUCUUCACUAAAAACUAAAAAUGGAUCGCUGUUCCCGGAUAAGAGGCGGCUCAGAGUCUCGCAGCGAUGCAUGAUGGGUGUUGGAGGCACUCCAGAACGGUGCCCUCGGUUCACCUGAAAAUAAGAGCUUAGUCAUGCCCGACUGCAGAAUGAUUAAUCUGUCUCAGAUCAUGUUUCCUGAGAAUAUACAGUGAUGUUUUUACAAGAGCGAACGCCCAUUGCUGUGUCUGCAUCUGAACCGUAUCUUCGAAAUAUUCUCGCCAACUGCAAUCUAGUAAUGGGUACUGAGUUUUGAUUAGUUUUGAUUCAUUUAGCUGCAUGUACCAUAGGCGUAAUGCCUGACUGUUUUAUGCACUUUCAGUGUUGCCUGAGCUGGAGUUUUGGUGUAUUCUCAAAUGGAGAGUAGAAACGCACUCUGCAAUGCUCUACAAUGCUUCAUGCAGUUAGCUGAGAUACUAUGGUGUUAUGAAUCUCUCUACUACCCCCCCCCACCACAUCCCUGAGCUUUUGGUCAAAUUUCUUCAAUACUCUGUUCAGAUAUCUUUUGAAAAUGCACAUGGAUUCAGAUUUAAUAUAUUGUUCGUAUUGGUCGGAUGAACUGUCUUUUUCCAUGGUAUUGAUCCAGUGUUUUUCUUUUGUCUUUUUUUUUUUUUAAUCGGUAUUUUGGGUUGCUGUCGCAGCGAGAGCCAUUGAAUCCGCUGCUUGCUCUGCUUUCUCAACAAGUCGUACACAUUAACUGAGGAAACCUGGAAUUGGACGGGACAUUUCUUGAGAAUUAAUGCCCUGCCCUUGUUGCCUAAAAUGGCUAAUGGUUGUUUCGGUUUUUUUGCGAAACGCCAAGGCAAACGAGUGACAGAUGCACGUUACGGCUCCAGUAAUUCUUGGCAAAGUGAACACAUUUGAGUUGCCCUGCCUGUGAUGAGUAUUAACUUUCCUAAAGCACUGGGCCUUGUACACCCGACUGGGACUGGUGAGAAAGUGCCUCUCUCGAGCAUGGUCACCUGUAGAGAAUGGGCUAUGCAGUGACUGACUUGUAACCCACGGAGCAUGAAGGCAACACUGUCUCUCUGACACUGUAUUGGACAGAGGGUUAAAAAAAAAAAAUUAAAAAAUCCUGGCCUUGGCUGCCAUGUUGGCAUCACAUUUUACGCACUGUUGUAAUCACGUUUAUGGUUUUAACAAAUGGAAACGUGCAUAUAUGAUAUGGGCUUAAAUAAUGGCAAGAAGGCCCCUUCUUUGUAUCUGGCUGCAGAUGCAGAAGUGUAAAGGACCAACUGUUGUAAUAAUGGCUGCUCAGAACUUCCCACACUUGCCAUUUUUACUGUUUCAAGUACAGAAUCUUAAAAUAUUGUUUUGCCAAGUUUGAGCCAUCUUGUUAUUGUGUGCAGCGCACUGAGCACAGUUUUUGUUUAGGUAAUCUUCCUUAGUAGCGGUUUUGCAAUUUCAUGGUCAUUAUGAGUUCCCAUCAUAAAAUAGCCUGUGCUUACCUAUGCGUUGACUACGACGAAAGUUUCAGUCAUGAAAACGAGUGGUUCUGAGACCACCUGCGUCACCGCAAUGGAGAGUUGUGAACGUUGUGCUUUGAGUUGUCCUUGGGUCUGGUGUUCUUUUACCAGUUCUCAGCUUCUUUGUUUCCAUACAUACCAUCUGCUUCCAGUUCCAUUUCAAAGUACAUUUCCAAGCGGUUUCUGUGGAAACUGCAUUAAUUAUUUCAGAGCUAGUCUGUGUUGUACGUCUGUGAGGGUAUCCUUUUUUGCAGCUUGAUUGAGGUCCUCUGUCAGUUUGUGUGUAUCUGCAAAGAGUUUAAUUAAAUGGAGUGGUUUAAGCUGUUGAUUUAAUUUCUUUUUUUCCCACCAAAGCUCUGGAUGUGGUUAGCGUAGCAUGUUAGCGCAAGUCCGUGUUUCCACACAAGUGGUAAACCGUGUUGCAGUGGGUGCUAUCCUCAACUUCUCGGGAGUCGAUCAAACUCGCGUGCUGGAAAUGAACUUGGAUUUCCAACAAGUUGAUGCGUUGCUGUAUUGUGGUUGAACAUGUAACAGACUGCACAAACUCUUGAGCAGAUACCGGACCUGAAAAUGUAAUGCCCCAGACUUCGAGAAGUAGCACAGAAACAAAAUCACAUGCUUGUCUGACACCCGCUACUGCCAGUUUACAGGAGUGAGAUGGGGGAGCUUAGACUGUGUGCCGAGAGCUUUCAGUGAAACUGCUUCUAAGCCUUUUUGUCUCAUUUCUCAGUGUGAAAUCAGUUUCAAAACCAGGGUUAUUAAUAUUUUAUAAUGUGGAUUCUAGCUUUGAAGGUUUUUUUUUCUUUUCUUUUUUUCUCCCCCAAAUCAUUGCCGAGUCAAAGAUCUUGCAGGUAUUGGGUUUGAUAUUUUGGGAUGUAUUUUCAACUUGCCACAAGAUGCAUUGUGAACUAAUCUUCCAUACUUUAAACAUUAUUUUCUGAUGUCCGUUGCUGCUGAAGAUAGGCUAACUGUCCCACUGGGAAUAGGUUUUUACAUGACCAAGUAUAUAAAUCUUUGUAGUCGCGAUCUAGUCGAGGGUACUUGGACCGCAGGUAUGGUAUUUUAUCACCUAAGAAAAGCAGGAUUCAGCCUAAUUGGUGUUUGCUUGAGAAUAUCUGAGAUUGUGUUGUAAAGCAAAUAAAAAAAUAACAUGUCCGUCUACAACA